CUCGUACUCGUAUACCGACAUUACAUCCCUCAAUAUCAACCAUUCCUGGCCAUCGCUCACCACCAUGGCGAACGUUGUCCACCCACAGUUGGACUUUCUUCAUAACCCUGCCAGCCACCCCAGCUCACGGUUUGGGUUUGGCUUCGCACUAUCUGGCGGUCCGCCUUUUAUGAAUCCAGGCAAGCAAGAACCUGGACACAAACAACCAGUUGCCUUUCAGCAACUUACUUCCCACAUGAAUAUCCCCCAUCAAAUUCAACGGGUACAGAAACGUCGUCACGAGCCGGAUGAAGAGCCAGACUCAUUUCGCCAGGCGGGGAGGGAUGUCACAAUGGACCGAAGCCCCACGCCAGAGCGACCGAGACGUGCGGUGCCAAAGCGGGCAAGGGUGGCAAACCCUACCGAUGCAAACGGCGAAUCUAAUACAAAAGAAAGCAAGCAACGAAAUGAAGAGGAAGACGUGGACGUUGGCAUUCUACUUGCUAGCUUACCUCCCCAGUCUCUGCUGCCACUCUUGAACGCUAUGCUCAAUGCACAACCCUCGCUCAAGUCACUUAUUUUACCCCUGAUACCACCUCCAACACUCGAGAUCACGUUACAAGCUUUGGACCACUCCGCCAGAAAAUUACGAGAUGCCUAUCCAUAUUCUAGUACGCCAACCUUCACACCUGUCUCCACCACACCCUCCCUAGGGUUCGGAUUCGGAUUUGGGUCGCAGAAAUCGAAUCUGAACAAUGUUGAUCAUCAAAGCGUAACUGAUGGCAGUCAGAUGCGAGAAUCUUACAUUUUAUCUCGGCUGCGACCACAUAUCAAUGACUUUGUAUCUGUCUGCAUGUCUUACGUGCCUUAUUUCUCCUAUGUUCGCGCUGCUGAAGCUUCUGCCAAUGGCUCCGGCUCCUCUUCCCGAAGCCACUCGACAACCCUGCAGUUGCAACAUAAAGACAAAUCGCAUCCAUCCGAAACUUUCCUAUUUCUCUCUGCCCUCACAACACACAUUCUUUCUCAACCGCCUCUUACGCAGUCUUCGCUUGUGCCACUAUUAAUGCCCCGUCUAUCGCAAGAAUGGAUGACUUGGAUAGACAGGAUAGAUGAAGUAGUUAACAGCGAGGGAGGGAUGUUCGGAGGAGAAACUGUCCGCGCAUGGGAAAGAACAUUGGAUGAAUUCGCAGAUGCAAGGGGCCCUGACGGCUGGAGUGUCAUGAAGGACAUAAGGGAUCGUUGGGUAGCCAAGGUUGGUUGGUUGGUUGGGCGGAGUGUGCAGCAGGCAAUGGACGAACUCUAAUGACUAUAGUGGUUUAUUUCCUUCCUUUAUUCACUUGGAUCUUCGGAGGGUCAGAUACACAUCACACGUUCUAUCUGUAGCACAAUACACAUGUCUGUUCAUGCCAAGCUGGUGUCCCCGACAGGAGUAGUUGAUGACUGG